GCACCCACACUAACUCACAAGCUGAAAAAUUUUUCCUUGAGCUGAGUUAUUCUCAAUUUUAUUGAUUCAAGAUAUUCUGCACAUUUUUUUGAAGCAUGUGAAGCUAGAACCUGUCUGAAGAAGGACAGAGAUCUAUCCAGACCUUGGUUUUGCUCUUGAAUGGUUAAUUUUAAUUCUAUGACAUCAUAACAGUAUUUUUAUGUCCCUAUGUAAAUCCUUGACUGUAGCAUCUCCAGAUCAUGUGACAGAACAUGAAGACUGAACACAGAGGUUGAAUGGGAUUCUUAAAUUUUCUUGAAGCACAGGCUGUUGUCCUUCUGAAUUAAAGCAACUAGUCUGAUAAGAAGCAAAUCAGCUGGACAAACAGAGGAUUUUUAACACCUCAAGAUGGGCAGUGGAGCCAGUUCUGAGAGCAAGGAGUCGGCCAGGAGAUCCAGGGAGCUGGAAAAGAAACUCCAAGCAGAUGCACAGAGGGAAGCCAGGACAGUCAAACUACUGCUGUUGGGUGCUGGAGAGUCAGGAAAGAGCACGAUUGUAAAGCAAAUGAAGAUCAUCCAUAAAGAGGGUUUCACCUACCAAGAAUGCAUGGAGUUCAGACCUGUCAUUUACAGUAACACAGUGCAGUCUAUCCUGUCUAUCGUGAAAGCAAUGACUAAGUUAGGAAUCAGUUAUGAAAACCCAGCUAGAAUUGAAGAUGAAAGGAAGCUGUGUGCCAUGGCAACAACUCUGGAGGAUGGCGACAUGUCUUCUGAAUUGGUUGAACUCAUCAAACAACUGUGGAGCGAUGGUGGGACCCAGGCCUGCUUCGCAAGGGCAGCGGAGUACCAGCUCAAUGACUCGGCUGCCUAUUACCUCAACGCUUUGGAUAGGUUAGCAAUGCCAGACUAUGUGCCCAGUGAGCAAGAUGUUUUGCGCUCCCGAGUGAAAACAACUGGGAUUAUAGAGACUCAGUUUUCUUUCAAGGAUUUGAACUUCAGGAUGUUUGAUGUGGGUGGACAGCGAUCAGAGAGAAAAAAGUGGAUUCAUUGCUUUGAGGGAGUUACUUGCAUCAUAUUCUGUGCUGCACUCAGUGCCUAUGACAUGGUUCUGGUGGAAGAUAAAGAAGUGAACAGGAUGCAUGAAAGCCUUCAGCUGUUCAACAGCAUCUGCAACCACAAGUGCUUUGCAGCCACUUCCAUUGUGCUGUUUCUAAACAAAAAAGACCUCUUUCAAGAGAAAAUAACAAAAGUUCACCUGAAUAUCUGCUUUCCUGAGUAUAAUGGACUAAAUACAUUUGAAGAUGCUGGAAAUUACAUCAAGAAACAAUUCCUAGACUUGAACACAAGGAAAGCAGAUAAAGAGAUAUAUUCUCACCUGACAUGUGCCACAGACACCCAGAAUGUCAAGUUUGUAUUUGAUGCAGUCACAGACAUAAUAAUCAAAGAAAAUCUGAAAGACUGUGGGCUUUUCUAGCCAUUCAUUCCCUUGCUCAUAGCCUGACUUCAUCUCAGUCCACUUUGCUCUCUUCAUCCUGUGCGCUGACUGAAACAAAACACUCUAGGGAAGAA